CUCCCGGGCCGCCGGCCCGCCCCGCGCGGGUCCCGCUGCACUGUGGGUAGGCGGCGGCGGCGGCGCUGAGGGGCGGGCGGCGGAGCGAGGCCGCGCGCGCCGAAGAUGGCUGAGAAGCAGAAGCACGACGGGCGGGUGAAGAUUGGACACUACGUGCUGGGGGACACUCUGGGCGUCGGCACCUUCGGCAAAGUGAAGAUUGGAGAACAUCAAUUGACAGGCCAUAAAGUUGCAGUUAAAAUCUUAAAUAGACAGAAGAUUCGCAGUUUAGAUGUUGUUGGAAAAAUAAAACGAGAAAUUCAAAAUCUAAAACUCUUUCGUCAUCCUCAUAUUAUCAAACUAUACCAGGUGAUCAGCACUCCAACAGAUUUUUUUAUGGUAAUGGAAUAUGUGUCUGGAGGUGAAUUAUUUGACUACAUCUGCAAACAUGGACGGGUUGAAGAGAUAGAAGCCAGGCGGCUCUUUCAGCAGAUUCUGUCUGCUGUUGAUUACUGUCAUAGGCAUAUGGUUGUUCAUCGAGACCUGAAACCAGAGAAUGUGCUAUUGGAUGCACACAUGAAUGCGAAGAUAGCUGAUUUUGGACUAUCUAAUAUGAUGUCAGAUGGUGAAUUUCUGCGAACUAGUUGCGGAUCUCCAAAUUAUGCAGCACCUGAAGUCAUCUCAGGCAGAUUGUAUGCAGGUCCUGAAGUUGAUAUCUGGAGCUGCGGUGUUAUCUUGUAUGCUCUUCUUUGUGGCACCCUCCCGUUUGAUGAUGAACAUGUACCUACAUUAUUUAAGAAGAUCCGAGGUGGUGUUUUUUAUAUCCCAGAGUAUCUCAAUCGUUCUAUUGCCACUCUACUGAUGCAUAUGCUGCAGGUUGACCCCCUGAAACGAGCAACUAUCAAAGACAUACGAGAGCAUGAAUGGUUUAAACAAGAUUUGCCCAGUUACUUAUUUCCUGAAGACCCCUCCUAUGAUGCUAAUGUCAUUGAUGAUGAGGCUGUGAAAGAAGUGUGUGAAAAAUUUGAGUGUACAGAAUCAGAAGUAAUGAACAGUUUAUAUAGUGGUGACCCUCAAGACCAGCUUGCAGUGGCGUAUCAUCUUAUCAUUGACAAUCGGAGAAUAAUGAACCAAGCCAGUGAGUUCUACCUCGCCUCAAGUCCUCCAACUGGUUCUUUUAUGGACGAUAGUGCCAUGCAUAUCCCCCCAGGCCUGAAACCUCAUCCAGAAAGGAUGCCACCUCUUAUAGCAGACAGCCCCAAAGCAAAAUGUCCAUUGGAUGCACUGAAUACGACUAAGCCCAAAUCUUUAGCUGUGAAAAAAGCCAAGUGGCAUCUUGGAAUCCGAAGUCAGAGCAAACCAUAUGACAUUAUGGCUGAAGUUUACCGAGCUAUGAAGCAGCUGGAUUUUGAAUGGAAGGUAGUGAAUGCAUACCAUCUUCGUGUAAGAAGAAAAAAUCCAGUGACUGGGAACUAUGUCAAAAUGAGCUUACAACUUUAUCUAGUUGACAACAGGAGCUAUCUUUUGGACUUUAAGAGUAUCGAUGAUGAGGUAGUGGAGCAGAGGUCUGGUUCCUCAACACCUCAGCGUUCUUGUUCAGCUGCUGGCUUACACAGACCAAGAUCAAGUUUUGAUUCUGCAACUGUGGAGAGCCAUUCACUUUCUAGCUCUCUGACUGGCUCUUUGACUGGAAGCAUAUCAUCUUCAGUUUCACCUCGCCUGGGCAGUCACACCAUGGAUUUUUUUGAAAUGUGUGCAAGUUUGAUCACUACUUUAGCCCGUUGAUGAUCUGUCCCUAGUUGCUAUCUUUCUGUUAUUGCACUGUGAAAAUGAGAUAUAUUCUUUAAAUUAUUAUCUUACUUCUGGACAACAUACUCUGCAAUACUAAUUGAGAGAUGUGAGUAUCUCCAGGAGACACACAAUGACGGUGAAAUUACUGAAAACAAAAAAGUCUGGCAUUUGCUUGUAGAAAUCUGCAAUUCUAUUGUGCCUAUGAUAAAUGCACAUAGGCAAUAUCUUUAAUAGGUGAACAUGGAUGCAGAUUGUUAAUUACAAUUGUAAGUUCACUGCAAAUGAUUAAUACACCUCACUGACAAACCAUCUCAAUGUAAGGGUGGCUUGGCAACACCUCCUUGCUUUACUGUUUAGGUAAAUCCAGUUUACUUCCUAAAUUUCAGUAGGCCUUAAGCUGCUAUGUCCCUGUUUUCUUGCACAGGAAGAUUAGAAAGUAAAAAAAAUCAUCAAUAAGAUAUUAUUUAAAUGCUCAAAUCUUAAAAGCUUGCCCCCAAAAUUUCAGAAGCCAAGUUCUUCUAACAGUUCUUUACAAAUACUGCCUAGUGUUCAACAGAAAGGCUGUGGUCCUAUAACAGGUAACCAUAAUUUCCAGGUUCCUUUAAAAACUGUAACUGAUUCUGGAUUGUAUCUUGAUAUUUUCUUGAAUAAUAUAUUUAUCUUAAGAGCCUUUAAGGUUCAACUUAAUUUUGGAACAUCUGGAAUUGCAACAAUUUUCAUCUUUUCCAUAGACUUCUGUCAUUUUAAAAUAUACCUUCAAAACCUCCCUUUCUCAGAUUCUUUUUGAUUCUAUUUAUUUUUAUACUUCACCAAGAAUAAAAUAAACAAAGCAAAAUAUCAACAAUCCCAUAAAAGAGAUUAUCCUCUAUCUUUGUUCUUUUAUUUUGUGUGUUAGGUUGUUAGGAUCAUGUUGUAUUUUACAAUGCUAAUUCUUCAUUUGAAGCCAUCACCUUCCACUACCUUCCCUAGGCACUAUAGUCUUUUUCAUUAUUUGAUCCUCAGUGGCUGAUUGACUUAGUUUUUGAGUUUUUUCUGGUUCCCUUUCUGGGUUGCUAGCCAUUCAGUUUGAAAAAACACUGUUCUGGCCCAAAGGGCUUUUAUGUACUUCCAAAGCUUGAUAGGCUGUGACCUUCACUGUUGAACCUGGUAGGGCAGUAAAGCCUUAAACAUUUUUUAAAAUUCUCUCUUGAAUAAACAUAUGUGUUGUUUACAUAUAUACAUAUAUGUAUUCACAUACCAGUACUUUUAAUUGAAAACCAAACCGUGUUUUUGUUUUGCUUUGUGAAGGUUUUUUUUUUUAAGAUUAAAAAAACACACAAAUUAUAUAUAGCAGGGUAGAUAGUAGCUCAUUGAUUAUAUUUUGUUUUAGUAAAAGUAUUUAAUUUUUAAAUUAUGUGUAAUUUAUCUAAUUUGUAUUUAUUCAUUUGUUAUGUUUAUGCUGUAAUUGAUAAUCUCCUUCACCAGACUUACCCUAGAAAAUAUUAAGCUCUUGAAAACAAAAAUGACAUUACCUUGACAGAUUUCUGUUUGCCAAAAAUAAUGUAUUUUCUACCAAGAAGCAAAUGAGACUGUUAGACCAGGUUUCUCCUAUGUUUAUGGAAGACAAGCAUGUCUAUCUUUAAAUAGUUUUUGAGUCAGGAAUUUGCAUUGUGUCAUAUCAUGUUGUUUCGUAGACCUUUUAAAAAUGGUGUUUAAAUAACUUGUAAGUCUUCUUAAUAUCAAAAUGAAAGGAAUCUUUGUUCAUCCAUUUGGGAAAGAGGGUGGGGUUGCAGUUUGAGAUAGUUUAAGGUUUAAUCUUUGAAAGACUGCCAUCUCGUGGCACCAAAGGGUAAUACUUUUAAUGAUUAUUUGUAUAGGGAUAAGCAGUCCUGUGUUAGUCUGAUAUGUGUUAUAGAUAGAUACUACGUAGUUUUGGCUUCUCCAAAUGUGUACAUACCUCUUUUGGGAAAAACAGGGAUACCUAUUAAUAUUUUCCUGAUUGUGAAUGGAAUGAUCUUAGAAAUAAGGAACUAAUAAGAUCCCUUAUCCCUAGUGACAAAAUCCAUACCAAUUUUAAAGGCAGAGAAACAGCCGAGGAAUCUAGUGGCAUUUUAGCUUUGCUAGUCUAAUAAAUCAGAUAUUAGAAACUUGUUAUCAUAAUUACUUUAUAUCAAUGAUUAUCAUGUUUUUUGAGUUAAUUUAUUCACUAUUUUCUCACUCUUGCCAUUAUUUAUGAACAUCCACAUUUGAUAGUUACAUGUUUAAUUUGGGGAAAACAACAGUCACAGAUUUGGUGCUUUCAUGUGUAGGGUUUUCAAACAUAGCUAUUCCAUGAAUCUAGUGGGUAUAGUAAAUUAGUUUGUAGAGAGACAAUUACAGGAGAACUCAGUCCAGUAUCAUAGGGGCUAGAACAUUGUCAUGGCAGGCUGUUUGCUGCCUGUGGGCACAGAGAGUGAAAGAAUCAGUUGCUUACACAAUAUUCCCACACUUUAGUCUUAUAAUCUAUGGUUGUGGUAGGUAGAUCUGGGCUAAGAACAGUUUGUCCCAGUUGAGAUUUUAGAAAUUUUCUAUUAGGUUAUAGGUAAGGCCUUAGCUAUAUCACGGACUCCAUAUGGUUCCAGAAUAGCAUUUCCUGAAGUAUAUCCUGUGAUAUGCUCUGCAGGAAAAAAAAAAAAAAAAAAAGAAUCCAUGGAGAAAGUUUGAAAAUGUUUACAUGCUACUCUAUCCCUUAAGAAUGAUGGUGGAUCUGAGCAUUAAAGACUGAUAAGUCCUUCCAUGAAAAAGGACAACCAUGUAACUUUCUUUAGCUCUGCUUUGCCCAAAUUAAUUAAUCAUUUUUAAACAUCUGAUGAGAAAAAGAAAAUUUGGAAACUAUUAGGGAAAUUAUGUACCUGGUUGCCAUAAUUAGGGUAGUUAAGAAUGAAAUUAAGGUAGUACCUCCUUUUUCCCUUGGUUGGGAAGAAUCUGAUUCAAAUUCAGAAUCAUUUCAUUUGAACUUGCAGACAUGUUCAUCUUGAAUGAAUGCUGGACUAAACAGAAUUUUUUAUGUCUGCAAUUUGUUUUAUAAUCAGGUUGUGGUAAUCAGGUUGUGUAUUGUUUGGGUGCAACAUUUAUUCUUUUUUUGUGUCGAGUGACUGAAAAAUCUUAAAUGUGAUUACUUGAAAAAAAAAAGAUUAAGAGACUAAGUGACUUAUGCUUAUAGCUCUAUAGGUAGUAAGUCAGUAUCACUGACACUUUCAAAAUGUGUAGGAAGUGAACAUUUUCUAAAUAUUUUUGUGUAGGAUACCACAUUUAGAUCUAAUCCCUGUUAUCUUUUAAUGUAGGACCAGAUACCUUCUUAAAUUGAAUAUUUAGGGAGGGAAGUAGGCAAACCAUUUACAAGUUAGGUUUUUGUUUUGAUCAACAAACCUUUUAAGAGACAUUUUUAUAAUCUCAAGCGUUUACAUUUCUUGAUACUAGCCAUCUAUCAAUAUAAAGAGAAUCCAGGAGCCUAAAUUAAUCAGAAAUAAUUGUAUUUCUGUGUCAGGGAAUUGGCUAUAUGUAGCACAAACAAUUUUCCAUUUUCUGCAAAUAGUAGGUUUUCCAGAACAGUUACAUAAUUCUGUGCUUGCUUUCUCUUAUUCCCUAGCCAGUUUGUACUCAGGGAAUACAGAUUGAUUUUUAGUAUUAAAUGAGACAUAAUUUAGUAAAUAAUCUAUUACAGAUUUUUUGACUAUUUGGAUUUUUACAUAGCAUCUAUUAAUGUGCAGUAUACUGAGUUAAUGUACGCACUACACUUUUCAUUUAUAAAAUUUAGAAGCCUGGAACAUAACCUACCACAGAUACCACAUUGUUUCUAUUCACUGGUUAAUAAUUUAUAUGCCGUUAAUGGUUAUAGAUAUUUAGAUAUUAGCAAUAUCUAAACGCUAGACAUAUUCACAGUUUUAUCUGUUUCUGUUUGUUUUUAAAGACCCAAACCUUUUCAAUCUGGCAUUUCUUUACUUGGUAGUCCUGUUACCCUGUGGCUUUUAAAAUAAGGAAUGUAAUUUAUUUUAAUAUCAGAGACUCUAUUAAAAACUCUGGAUGAGGGAUAUGUGCAAUCUGUUGGUAAGUCACAUUCUAUGUUAGGUCUCAUUUUUGUAACCCAUAAAAUGGGAGAGAGAGAUUACAAGACCUCUAUGGUAACUUUGAGCUUUAAAGUUCUGUUUUUUCUGCCUUUUCUUAUGAUUUGUGUUAGAGUGCAUUUUUUAUAUAUUAAGAGUUUUUAUACUAGUGUGAAUGUUCUAUUUUUGAUUUGGUGAGGCAUUUCAAAGGCAUAAACUUGAAUAUUUUUCUAAAUACAGCUACUAAAGUAAUACAAAUGAUAGAAAUCAUCCAGAAAACUAAACAUGUUGAGACAUUAUAUCCAUUUGGCAUAAAGCAAAACAUUACUAAUUUGGAAUAAUGGAAAUGUUCUAGACGUUUUUAUAGUGACUGUUACAUCCAGAGACCCUCUGUAUCUGUUAACUUAUUAAUACAAAAACCUUGUGAGGUAAUCAGGAAAAGUACUUUUACCAUUUUCCAGAUGAGGAAGCCGGACCAGAAAGCUUUUCAUAAAUGCCAUACAAGUAUUCAGCGGUGAUCAAAUGCUCUUUAUAGCAUGCUACCUUUCCUGAAUUAAUGAAACGUGAGUAGUUGGUAACAAAACUAAACAGAUGUAUUGCUUUCAAGACUUAGAGUGACAUAAAGCAGUCUUAACUAAGUAUUUCUUAGUUUAACUAUUUGAACCAGUUGAUUGUACAAACUAGAUAUUUAUCUGAUUUAUGAUUAGCAUAUUCAUUUUUAUAAGUACUUCUAAGUUAAUGAGGGUGUUUAAAAAACACUGAAGAAACUUUAGGACAUGAUUCUUCCUGUAAUUUUAUUUAUGGGAUUCUUACGGCACAGUCUUUUUUUAAAAAAGGAAUACUAACCCCAGUCCCUAUCUAAAUUAUUUUAAUUUUUGACUGUUAUAUGAAUUAGGCCUACCUAAAUUUCAUAGAAAGAUUGAUAGUUUUUCAACCUGUAUGCAUAUGAGAUGAUAUAACACUAUUUUCAUAGAGUAUAUUUCUAUUUACAAGCCACCUGUUAUUUGCUUGACAUUCCCCCAGACCAUAUAAAACUUUGAAAUGUAACUUAUGUUUGGUGAGCUUUAAGAAUUACAUAAACCUUACUUAAACAAGUUACUGGCAUCCUUACUAGCUUUUCCCACAUAUAAUUAUGAUGCAUUUGAUGCCACUGAACAAUAGUAGCAUGAAGAACAGGACCUACAGUCUAGACUGGAUUGAGUUUUAAUUAAAUUUCUUCAGCCAUAGCCUGAUAAGAAUCAGGCUGGGUCUAGAAGAAUUACCAGACUGUGGGCCUAUAUUAAUUUUGUGAGCCGGUGUUAAUGUUUACUGCUAUCCUUUCAUAGCAAUGCCAGUUUCACAACCGUGACUGUAUAUGUGACUUUUGGUAACUAUGGUUUAUAUCUAAAGUAAUUUAGACUUUAUGGAAGUAGCUCAUGAUUAUUUGGACAAGCAGGGUAGGUAAAUUUCAAUUAUGUUUAAAAUGUAAUUAAGGAAAUCCUAGAGUAGAGCACUCUUUCCAGGAAAACGAGUUAAGUAUUUAUAAAGUAUCCUAGCAUGAAAACUUUAUUGACUAUAUGUAGAAUUCUGACAAGGUUCACAUAGUAUGACUUUUUUUAAAUUUAAAGUUUGCUACUUUGUUGAUUUAACAUUUCAAGGAGGAACAAACAUUCUAGCCAAGGAAAAUUGCACGGUUAAUUUUUUCUGCUAAUUUAAGCAUGCAUUUUUCAUAAUUAAAACUUACUCCCUUAAUUAAAACUUACUCCCUCUUGAGUAAGUUUUGUUACCAAAAAUGCCCAUUUUUCUGGACAAAUAACAUUUUCCAAAAAUGGAAAAAAGAAAUAGAUCCACUGUUGAAAAAAUAAAAAAAAAAAAAAACCAACAAUACAAAAAAACACACUAAAUUGUGCCUUCUCUCAAAUUAUAGGAACAGUAGUAGUAAAAACUUGUUUAUUUUUUGUAAUCCCUUUCAUUUUUCCUUAGAUCUUCCCUCCACAAAUGAUUGCCUUAUUUCCUUCUGUUUAUUUUUAAGUUCCUUUGGCCAAGCCUCACACUAUCACUGUCAUAAGUUGUUCACUAAAUAUAUUUUUCUAUUUCUUCUUUCAUGUUGUUUCAUUUUUUUAAGUCACCUUGGUAAACAUUUGGCUGCCUUCUCGUGCUUUUAAAAUGAAUGCAAUGAAUAGCAAUCUUUAUCUUUUAACCCUUUAAAAAGUUUGUAAAGGAAAGAAAUAAUGCAGAGAUAAGAACAAAAUCUAACUUGGAAUCUGAACAGCAGCAAGUUGCACAAACUCAUUUAAUUUUCUCAUUUACAAAAUGUGGAUAAUAACCUACCUCACAGACGUGUGUGAGAAACUGUUAGAAGGCCCUUGUUUAAAACCAGGGUUUAUAUCCCCACAUUUAAUGUAAACCCCUUCCUUUUUUUAAAUAGGUAUCUUUGAUACUGAUGAGUAUCUUGAUUUUUACGUAAGUUUUAUGUGGUAAGAACAUAGUAGUAAAAAUGUUUAAGAACACAGUUUCACAGGUUAUGGUGUUCUUGUUUUAAGUGAUAUUUUAAAUUUCUUGAAAACAUUAAAAAUUUAAAUAUCAAGCUUGUUUUGAAUAUUCUUAUUCAGAACUUCUUAAAAUGUUGGCUGAAGCUGCCUUAAUGUAUCAAAAUACAGCUUUCUUGUAAGACUAUUCACAAACAUCUAUGGUUGUACAAUGUUUUGAAUGUUUAAUGUAAAGUUUUUAUAGUACUGUGAACUCUAAGGAUAGUAUCUUGAUAUUGUUUUAGGAAGAAUGUUUGUGUUAUUAUGUAUGCUUAAAUAUUAGAUCGUGGACUUUGAGUGCAACAAAUAAAACUGAAAGUUGACAGCCAUUAUCAGGUUAUGUCCAUGACAAUCAUAAGAUAAUGUAAGAUUAAUCAGAUAUUGAUUAUUCAGUUUUUUUCAAGAGCAGCCCACAUUCAUUCUUUCUUAGCCCGUCUUUGAAAAGAAAAAAAAAAAAAGCAGCCCUUAGGUUGAUACACAUUAGCCCCUUGGAGUAUUUUAUUAGAUAUCCAUUUAAAUUUUUUUAAACUGUUGAAAUUGGGACCACUUUUUAUAACUGAUUUCAGGAAAAAAAAUGACUUCCAGUGCUUUUGUGUUUUAAUAACCAUAGAUUCAAAUUUCAGUUUUGUUUGUUAUAUAUUUUUUGUGAAUGUUAAAUGAUCAGUAGGAAGGAUUUGUCUUCCAGUAACUAUAUGGAAAAAAUGUCUUCUUGAAUCACAUGGCAGUUCAUAGUUACAGGUUCUCUCUGAUUAUCUCCCUAAUUAAUGUUUGCACUGUAUGAAACUUCAAGGCAACAAACACAAAAGAGAAAAGCAGCCUAUCUGAUUGCUUGUAAGCUUUUUUUCCCAUAAAAAUCACAUUAAAGUUUCUGGUUAAUUUGAAAAUUGUUUUUUUGUUUCUGUUCUGUCAUUAAGCUAAAAUUCUGCAUGCCACCUAAUAAAGAGAAAGUUUUUAUAGGAAAA